UCAUAUUUCGACACAAGCUUCGACGCAGGAGGGUGGGAGGUAACAACACUACUGAUUGGCCAGAUAAUGCAACGCUUCCUGGUCACUUGCAAAUGGAAAAAUAAAGUUGUUUUUAAACCCGCACUACGGUGGGAAACUCCGAGAUUCAACAUGUCCCCUGGAAGCAGCCGUGGCCCGCUUCUGGUCGUCGUGCUCUGUCUCUUUGCCACUGCCUCCUGUAAAUUUCCCUCUCUAGACCACAUCAAACCGAGAGCCAGCGACAAAGCUCAAGGCAGAGCGGUGGUGGAGCUGCUGAAACGGCUGCUCGGGACCCGGUCCACGGAGUUCAUAGUGUCUGUCAACCGGAGCCUCUCCAACGACAGCCUGGACGUGUGUGAGCUCAGGUCCACCAGGAACUACGAGGUCAUCGCUACCGGCAGCACCGGAGUGGCCGUGGCUUCUGGCAUUUACAACUAUCUCAAAUAUUUCUGCAACUGUCAUGUUUCCUGGUCCGGGGACCAGCUGGAUGUGCCUCGUCCUCUGCCCAAACUCACCGGCGUCCUGCGCAUCAACACCCAGCAUCGUUUCCGGUAUUACCAGAACGUGUGCACCUUUAGCUACUCCUCCGUGUGGUGGGACUGGCCAAGAUGGGAGCGAGAGAUCGACUGGAUGGCUCUCAAUGGAAUCAAUCUGCCGCUGGCCUUCACCGGUCAGGAAGCCCUGUGGCAAGAGGUUUACCGAGCUCUUGGCUUGAACCAGUCGGAGAUUGAAGAGUUCUUCUCAGGUGCAGCGUUUCUGGCCUGGAACCGUAUGGGAAACCUCGUUAAGUUUGGUGGGCCUCUGCCACAGUCUUGGCAUGUGAACCAACUUUCCCUCCAAUUUAAAAUCUUGGAGCGAAUGAGAUCUUUUGGUAUGAUUCCUGUGCUGCCAGCCUUCUCUGGGAACAUUCCCAAGGGAAUCCUCAGGCUGUAUCCAGAAGCCACUGUAACCAGAUUGGGGCCUUGGGCUCACUUCAACUGCAGCUACUCAUGCUCCUACGUAUUAGACCCUCGCGACCCACUUUUCCUCCGGAUCGGUUCCCUCUAUCUGUCCCAGGUGGUCAAGCAGUUUGGUACAGAUCACAUCUACAACACUGACACCUUCAAUGAGAUGAGUCCACCUUCCUCUGACCCCACGUACCUGGCUGCAGUCAGUCGCUCUGUCUUUGCCUCGAUGACUGCAGUUGAUCCUCAGGCAAUUUGGCUGAUGCAAGGCUGGCUGUUUUUUAGUGACGCAGCGUUCUGGAAGCCGGCUCAAAUGCAGGCCCUGCUACACGGAGUGCCUCUUGGAAGAAUGAUUGUGCUGGACCUGUUUGCGGAGACUGAGCCAAUUUUCUCUUACACGAAGUCCUUCUACGGACAGCCCUUUAUCUGGUGUAUGUUGCAAAACUUUGGGGGCAACAGUGGAUUCUUUGGCACAGUGGAGAGUAUCAAUUCAGGGCCCUUCAAAGCCUUACAUUUCCCAAACUCCACCCUGGUGGGCCUAGGCAUGACGCCGGAGGGCAUCGAACAGAAUCCUGUGAUGUUCGAGUUGAUGAGCGAGCUAGCGUGGCGCAAAGAGCCCGUCAACUUGUCCAAGUGGGCAUCGCUGUAUGCAAUGCGCCGCUACGGCAGCACACAGGAGAACCUCACCACUGCAUGGAGGCUCCUGUUUGCCAGCGUCUACAAUUGCACAGUCCCACAUUACCGAAACCACAACCACAGCCCGCUGGUACGCCGGCCCUCUUUUCACAUGAAUUCUGAUGUCUGGUAUGACCCAUCAGAUUUGUACAAAGCCUGGAAACUGAUUAUAGAAGCCGCUCCAUCUCUCAUGUCCAAGGAGACUUUCCGGUACGACCUUGUGGAUGUCACACGGCAGGUCCUGCAAGUCCUGACGACUUCCUUUUACCAGGAAAUUACAGCCGCCUUCCAGAACCAAAAGCUGCCAGAGCUGCUGAUUGCAGGUGGGGUGCUGGUCCAUGAUCUUUUGCCUGAACUCAAUCGUUUGCUGAGCAGCGACCGCAACUUCCUGUUAGGGACGUGGCUGGAGCGAGCUCGAUCUUUAGCCCUAGAUGAAAAGGAAGCACAGCUCUACGACAUGAACGCCAGAAACCAGCUGACCCUAUGGGGUCCCAGCAGUGAGAUACUCGACUACGCCAGCAAAGAGUGGGGCGGUCUUAUGGAAGACUACUACACCCAGCGAUGGGCCCUUUUCAUUCACACUCUGGUAGAAUGUCUGGAAAGUGGACAGCCAUUCAAGCAGGAUACCUUCAACCAGGCCGUUUUCCAGGUAGAAAAGGGAUUCAUUUACAAUGGCCAACAGUACCCGACCAAGCCUCAGGGAGACACGUACGAGAUCGCCCGCAGGAUAUUCCUCAAGUACUACCCACAGGCGUUGAAGACCCUUUAGUGAGCAGCCAAUACAUUUUGGAUAAAAGAAAACUAAGGUCGCGCCAAGAAGAAUGUCCUCCUUCACCUCCAGUUUUCCAUGGCUAUCCCAAAACACUUUGAUGUAGAAUAUAAAUCUUGCAGGAACAAUCUGUUCUGAACAUGCAGUAAAAUUAGUCAUAGAUAGUUGUGGAUGUUGUGGGAGAUAAGAUUUUCCCAGAUUUUAUAUUGAUUAAAUUUCCAAUCUAAUGGAUUUUCAUGUGCGAGUCUAUCGGUGCAUUUUUUCAAUCGACAACCUGAAAACGAAAUCGUUUUUGGAAAUCUGCAUAUUUUCUCUGCCGGAGUAAGAUGAAGAAAUGGAUUUGAAUGUCAUUCCUGUGUGUGAAGUAUGGUGCUGGAAUAUGGAUCUGGUUAGCCCAUCUUCGCAUAAAGACUGCUAGCUUGACUGUCCAAAGUAAAUACAAGACCAAAGCUACUUCAUUGGUGGAGUAUGGAGUAUAUCCCUUGUACACCUGUAUACCAUGAGCAUCGUAGAAAUGACAUGUUGCGCUUUUCGGGAGAGUAAAGUGGGGAGACUAAUUCUUGAUAAAUAAGAAUUUUUCCAUCCACCCGGUGCUGCUGUAAAGUGACUCCGAGAUGCAGUCAUUGUGUGUACAGCCACCAUCUCAGACUUGUCUCGACUCACUUUGAACAGUAGGAUUUUAGCAUGAAUGAAUGAUUAAAUAAAUGUGCUUGGGUAGUGGUGAUUAAAUAACAUUUUUUUUCAUCAAGUUUUGCUGAUGUUUUACCAGGUUUUCUUCAAGAGUUUAGGGGGACUUUGGGUGAUUAUUGUUAUACAAACAGGCAUUUCUAAGGCUGGUGUACUGCACACAUGCAAUAGAAAGAAAGCAAAAAUCCCAACAUAACGUACCGGCCCUUUUCAAAGCAUAGAUACUGCAGAUGGCGGAGGGGCCUUUUAAUGGUGGUCCGCCAGUGGGCCGCUGACCAUUAAAAAGAUGGAUCUUGAA